UUGUUUUAUUCAGUUGUACUUUGUUACUCCUUACUUAAGUAAAUAUUUUCUGUAAACUUUACGAAUGAAUAGAAGACGCAAAAUGUAGUUUUAAAAAAAUAGAUGUAAUGUCCGAGAAUAUGCAUGUAAAACGAGGUAAUCAUAUAAAUGUAUGUACGAAUGAUAAUGUAGAAUAACGAUUUUAUCACAAGUAAUGCUUUUGAAAAUGGAGUAGAUGGAGGGAUCGUAGCUCAUUCCACAUGCUAAAAUUAUUUCUUCCCGGUGUAUAUGUACGAAAUUGCGUCUGCUGUUUUGAAUUCCAAGUAAAAAAUGGCAUCCACAGCUGUGGCAGCGGGUAUUGGUCUAGCAGCUAUUGGCUUUGCUGGUCGUUAUCUGCUCAGGAGAAUGCCAAAUUUAUCACAAAGGAUGGCAGAAACAGUAAAGAAGCUAGAUUCCCAGUCGCUAGCGAAUAGUAAGUACUACAAAGGUGGUUUCGAGCCGAAGAUGACCAGGCGAGAAGCUAGUUUGAUUUUGGGAGUGUCACCCACAGCUAAUAAAGCCAAAGUAAAGGAACAAUUUAAAAAGGUAAUGGCUGUGAAUCAUCCAGAUCGUGGCGGUUCUCCAUAUAUCGCUGCAAAAAUUAACGAGGCAAAAGAUCUGCUUGAGAAAUAAUGAAAAUAGAGUAUGUAGCAUAUAUUGUAAUAUAUAUCUGUAUUUAGGAACAAAAUUUUUUAAAUGUACAUAGUUCUUAACAUAAUUUAAUUUUACAUAUAUAUUAUCUAUUCUAUAAACAAUUUUUGAAUUUAUUGAUUUAUAUUGAUUUUAAUACCUUCAUUGUUGAGAUUGAGUUUUGAGAGGGAAGUUUGUGCAUAAGUGAGAACUGUAUGUGCAUAUGAGUUCAAUGUCAAUUAUAAAAUAUUACAAGUA